AUGGAUCAAGAUAUAAAAAAAGAUAAAAGAUCAAUUACAUCUGCUCUAAAUCUAAAAAAAGCACGUGAUGCGAGAAAAAAUCAAUUUAUAAUCUAUGAUAGUGAUUCUGAUUCUGAUAAUGAUUCUGAUAAUGAUAAUACAAAGAAAAGAACAAAAAACAAAGCUCCUGUAAAAAAGAAAAGAAUAGUAAUAGAUAAUAAUAAAAAAGACUUUGAAUAA